GACUUGGCUGCUAGUCUCACUCUGAUGCUGCUGUGGCUGCAUUCACGCUAUCUGUGUCACUACAACUACUCGCCGCUCUGGACUUAAUCUGAGGAUGUUUGUAAGAAAACAACCUGAAAAUCAGAAGUGCAGUGUUAUCAAAUGUUCAUCAUGAUCACACUUAGGCUUACAGACCACCUACAGUACAACCAUAAUGCAGCAUCCACACGAUAUCAAUCUCGGCUACCAGGCUAAGCUGCUUAUGAAAGGACCUUCAGAGAACUGUACAACCAAACCCCCUCUAUUUGUCCCUCCACAUCCUCUGGAAGAUAACCUGUUCCUCUUUCCAGCUCUAUCUGUGUCCUACCCUUAAUCCCACCUUGGACUUGAAUGAAAACUCAGGGAAGUGUUACGAGCAAUGGCAGUCUUAAGAGUUAAGUUUACCAAGACCAAAAGAGACAAGCUGGCCCAGGUGCUCUGGAUCCUAAACUGGAUCUCGGUAGUUACGGGGGCCAUCCUGUUCAGCCUAGGCCUCUUCCUCAAGGUGGAGCUCCAUAAACAAGGAGAGGUGAUGGCUGAGAGGGACAUCCAGUAUGUUCCCAACACGCUUAUAGCUGUGGGUCUCAUCGCUUGUGCCAUAAACUUCCUGGGUGGGAAAAUCUGCUACGACUGUGUGGACACCACCAAGUUUUUGCGCUGGAAGUUGAUCAUGCUGCCCUACAUCAUAUGCACCUUCUUCUUCACCUUUUGUGUGCUGGUAGGGGCUCUGAUGUGUUACUGCAUGCACUGGGAACUGGAAGAGUCUCUGAACCUGGGACUGACAGAGGCCAUGAGGUUUUAUAAGGACACAGACACACCAGGACGCUGCUUCCUAAAGCGCACCGUGGACAUGCUGCAGAUGCAGUUUCAGUGCUGUGGAAACAACGGUUAUAAGGACUGGUUUCAAAUUCAGUGGAUAAGCAACCGUUACCUGGAUAUGUCCCAAAAAGAGGUGGUGGACCGAAUCAGGAGUAACGUGGAUGGAAAGUUCCUACUGAAUGGAGUCCCAUUCAGCUGCUGCAACAUCAACUCCCCCCGGCCCUGCAUCCAGCAGCAGAUCACCAACAACUCUGCACACUUCAACUACGAGCACCAGACGGAGGAGCUAAACCUUUGGAUGAAAGGGUGUCGACAGGCGCUGCUGGAGUACUACAUACACAUUAUGCAGUCCAUCGGCCUCACAGUCCUCAUCACCUGGUUAUUUGAGCUAUCAGUGUUGACCGGGGUUCGUUACCUCCAGACUUCUCUGGAAAAUGUCCUGAGACAGGGAGACCCCAACUCCGAAUCAGAUGGCUGGCUGCUGGAAAACAGCUUCAUGGAAACUGCCCGCAUGAACCUGAAUAUCAUCAAGAGCCUUGGCAAGGGUAACCAGAUAGACACAGCCACUAAUGGAGACCCCAACAUUAACGUCCCCUCCACCUCUAAAGCACACUAUGGUCCUGACAAUGUUCCACCGAAGCAAAUAACUGAAGACAGUUGAACUUUUUCACUCAAAAGACUUCAAUGGACGACAUUCCUGAAGCCCACAAAGGGCCUUGAAACGUAUACACAUUACAUUGGUGAAUUCUUAUCUCUGUACCUGUGGCGAAGGAAUGGGCAUUUUGUUUGUGGAAAAUAUAUAUGAACCCUAAAUGAUAGAAUUUUAAUAUCAACACCAUAAUUUAAGUCAAGUCAAUUUGUGUUUCGAUGAUCAUAUGAUGGUCAUAUAAAAAAAAUUGAUAGAGGCCUGGUGACAUAAUUUCCACCCAAAUCAAUCCAUUCACUGAGCCCUCAUAUAAUGUGGACUGGGCCAAAACCAUCCUCAUAACUUUUCUGAAGGGUUCACAGGACCCACACCAUGCUAACCAAAUGUUCUCCUCAGUAUAACAAAGCCAACACAUUUCCUCACUUUAAAUUCCUUUAAUUUGUCACCAGUCUGCAUACAUUUCUAUUAAUUUUCUGUAAGAUUACUUGUGCUUUAAUCUACUGUUUACAAAUGACAUCUGUUGCCUGUGUAACAUGUGGUUUUUGCAAAAAAAGACUCUGUACACCCGUCAGUUGCAACACUGGAAUCAAAAUGUACUUAUAUUUAUUAUUUGAUGAAGACAACUAUGGGUUAGAAGUUCAAGCACCUGUUCUUGUUUCCCAUGAUUUUAUCUGAGCAUGCCAGAAAACCCACUCAGAAGUUUGAUUUACAGCAAGAAAAGCGAAAGCUCACAAAUUACAUUUCACAAUUAAAGAUCUGUAGUGACUAGUUUGUGUUUAGACUAGUAGUACCAAUAUUGGAUCUUUUGUGUGCCCUUUUCCCUGAGUUGCCUAACUGCAUUAGCAAAGUUGUUACAAGGAUAGCGAAUGUUAAACAGUACUUUGUUUUCACAUAAGUAGCUCAGCAGACAGAAAUCCAUGAGAAAUUCUUAACUACUUUUUUUUUUUUUUUUAGAAUAUUUAAACCACUGCUACGAUUCUCUUGUGCCUCAGCAAUGUCACCAGGUUUUAAUGCUCAAAUAUAAACUUUGCUGGGAUGAGCUACAAAAAGUUUGACAAUAAACUGUCCGCUUGAGGACUUUGAAUUCUGAAAA